GUUAGGCCAUUAAAGAUUUAGCAUUAGGCAGUACAAUUGAGUCUAGGCGAAUUGGCGAUUCCGACUUCCGAGCUCCGACUCCUCACUCCUCACUUCUCAUAAAUUCCGGGCAAACGAAGACGCUGCUGUUGCGAACUUGCCGAUAGUUUCAAUUUUCAAAGGCCCAUUCCUGUCAUUGAACCCAAAGGCCCGAAUAAAUAGCCACACGGCGAAACGGGUCAGGGUCGGGUCUCCACGGGAAGAAGAUACGGAAGGAGAGAAGCUGCGAUAGCAUCAACCAUCUCUACAGCGCAAUCUUACCUCCUAAAAGGGUCUCAACCCUGCUCAAAUUUCCAAGUUUCAAGAAAAUUUCUUUUGUCUUCUUCAUCACUUUAGUCAAUUUUAUCGUACGAUAAUAAAAUAUCUAAAUUGAACCAACCUUGUUGUUUGCAAUCACAUACCUUAAAAAAUAGCUCCAUUUUUUUCUUAUUUCUCUCUGAAAAAGUAUUAGUACUAGUUAUAUGACACGAGGGUCUAAUUAUUUAAAUUUUGAUGUAAAUUUAAACGUAAAAUAUUUAAACUAAAAUUUAUAUAUUCUCUUACGCCGUCUUCUCCUACAACAGGCUCCCGUCCCAGCUGCUCUGAGUUUUACACUUCCCUUUGUAACAGAGUUAAAACGAAGAAAGACAAUGGCUUCAAAGCCCUUACCUACUCGUUCAACCUUCAUUGAUAAAUCUGUAGUUCCUGGUGAUGUGAUUUUGGAUCUUUCUAAGUUGACUGACCAAACCAUUAAGCUGGGUGGCGGCCUCCAUCAGGACCAUGACGCUAUAACUGUCGUCAAAGCUGGUAUUUUGAGGUUUUCAAAGCCAAACAAAUACUGGAUUGAAAGCUCACACAAGAGAUAUAUACCUACCGUGGGGGAUACUGUUCUUGGAAUUGUGGUGGACACAAGAGCGGAUGUAAGCAUUUUUAUUUUAAAACUGCUGCUUAUUCUUCUUAUUUAAGUUUUAUCUCUGCUU